GGCGUGUAAAAACAGCAGCGCCCGUCAGUGACGCACGUUGAGAGCGACACAGUGGGGAUAUUUGUCGCGGGGUUGAGGUCAUAUGUUUGUUCUCCACGUCAGCGGGGCUGAAGAUGGCGGAGGUGGAGAGUGAUUCGCGCCAGCCGCUGUUUUCAGACUUGGCUGAUGUCUCGAUAUCAAAUGAUGUCCCUGUUGAGGGACAAAUUACAGUUCCAGUCAGUUCUCAGUCACAGGAAGAUGACUACUCCACACUGGAUGAACCUGUCAAGGAGACAAUCAUACGAGAUCUGAAGGCUGUUGGGAAGAAGUUUGUUCAUGUUAUGUACCCUAAAAAGAGCAGCAGCCUUCUCCGAGAUUGGGAUCUAUGGGGCCCUCUAAUACUCUGUGUUUUGUUAGCAAUGAUGUUACAGGGAAGUUCUGUUGACAGUAAGCAUGAAGGAGGCCCAGAGUUUGCUGAGGUGUUUGUUAUCGUGUGGUUUGGCGCAGUCAUCAUUACACUGAACUCCAAACUGCUUGGUGGCACAAUCUCCUUCUUUCAAAGCUUGUGUGUGCUGGGUUAUUGUAUAUUGCCACUCACUGUAGCUAUGAUUGUUUGCUCACUCAUCCGGCUAGCUCCACAUUCCAGCACAUCUGAGAUCCCAAUGGCAGUGGUUAUAAUUCGCUUCAUUAUUGUGCUCGCUGCAUUUGGUUGGUCAACUUUUGCUUCGACAGCAUUUCUAGCCGACAGCCAGCCACCAAAUCGCAAGGCCCUUGCUGUUUAUCCGAUAUUCCUCUUCUACUUUGUGAUCAGUUGGAUGAUCAUCUCCAAUGCAUCUGCAUGAGGGCCAAUUAGCCUGAAAACUAGAACGAUAAAACAUAAGCGAUUCAAAAUCAAUCUCGUGGAGACUAUUUGCUCAAAGUGGCAUCUCAUUAUAUGCAGAGAAAGAGAAGAUCAAGAAACAUUGAUAUUUAGUUUGUAUAUUAUUGAAUGUACAGUAAUUCAUACACCUGUAAAAGAUUUAUAACUGAUGUCUUGCAGACUUUGGGGAAAAUAUUAAUUUCAGUUGAGUUGCAUUUGUAACAUGGCUACAGAGACUUGAAGCAAUAUUAUUUUAUUUCACUUAUUUUGUUACAUGUAUUGGAAAUUUUGUUGUGAUCAAAAUCUGUCCGUAUUUGAUACCAACACACUGAACUUACUGUGUCAAUUGAAGGUUGUAUUUAGACAAUUUGGACUGAACUUUCCAUAACAAUUCCUUUGGAAAUCUUCCCCAUGUGUCCCUCAGUGUAAUAGUAAAUCUUAAAGAUAAGUUAAAUUUGUACUCCCACAAGGCCUGCGCUGAGUAGUUUGGUCUCAGCUAGGACGGUAGCUAAUACUUCUAUUGGCCUCAGUGGAAUGGACUCGUAGAGGCAAAAUCAUUCAUGCUGUCUAGAUAGCGAUUAAUAUGCAAUGGCCUCUGAUCCACUGUACUGUGUAAAUGUCAGGUGAGGAUAGAGUUAGACUUGACUGGUUGUUUAGCCUGUUAAUUUUCAUUGCCUAAGUCUACACUUGAAUGGUGAUGUGAAUGGCAUUGUAAAGACUUGAUUGCUUCCAGAUAUGGAAGUGUGGGAAGUUUGUUUUCAUGAUGUACACAGUUCUGUGAUGGGUAGGAGUAGAAAUAAAAAGGUCUUAAGGCUGCAAUUAUCCCUGAAAACUGAGCUAGGUUUGGUAACAGUUAUUUAAAUGGAGUUGUCAACCAAUAGGGAGGGGAUUGAAAUCUGGAAAUUGAAUAUCCUUGCCUUGUGGCUGAUCUUUAAAUUGAUCUGUAAUUUAACUGUUAGCCUCACUAUCCCAUUGUCUUGCCUUUCAAAGGCAUUGAUCAAUCAGAAUAGGUUAGCUUAUUUCAGUUACAUGUUCAGUUCAGACUUAGGAUAAUCUACAAAUUAUAACUUGAGAAACUCCAUACUCUAUAGCGUGAAGCAUCUAGGUUCUACUUGAUUAAUACUAUCAUUUUGUUGACAUGUUUGUAGCACUUCAUUUAAUUUCAGGAAAAAAAAAUCAAGAAUGGUUAUAGGCCAUUUGGAGAUAGCAAGAAGUGCAGAUGCUGUGUGUUUAACACCAGUGGGUUGCAGUGCGAGAGAGAUCCAAUGAGUACUUUCUGGUGAGUCCUGAUGAAGCAUCUAAACCUGAAACAUCGACUCUCCUCCUUCUCUGUGCUGCCUGACCCGCUGUGUUCUUCCAGCUCCAAACUGUAUCAACUGAUGAACAGUUUUCAGUUAUAGUGCUGGAGUGACGAUAGAGGACUGUUUUUUUUUGUUUUUCCCCUGCGUCUGAAAGCCUACACUUUGUAAGUGCCAAUGUGAAAAUAGUUUUACGUGACUUAGUUCAAUUUUUUGUUUCCGUGAGUCUAAAGCACAAAACUGAUCUCCAUUUGAAAUUGUUAGCCUUCAUCUCAGUCUUCGUAUGUGAAAAAUGUCAUGCUAAUGCAUGGCUCUUUUUGCACUAUUUGAAGCAGAGUCAAACUAGGAGAUGCUUACACUUUUAUUUCACAUUCUGUAUGAACAUAUUUUCAAAUUUUAUGCUGAUCAUGUAUUUAUUCCAUUGUUUAAUGAUUAUUUAUUUCAAACACACACUACAUCUUUGUGGGUACAUAUUUGUAAAUUGUAUUUGUGCAUUGUAAACACCAUUUUGCAACUUGUAAGUUACUGAGAGUAUCAGAGAUUUUGAAUAGGAAAGCCACAUGCACCCCUAAGAAGGCUUUUGAUACUUUAGAGUAUAGUGCAGUCGUUCUACAGGAACAUGGUAUAGAGUGCCACUAGGACUGAUAUUAAAAGGAUACUAUGCAUGUCACCAUUUUGACAAUCGCCACAUACGCUUUGUCCAUACAUGUGCUUGAGAAUGACAUAACUAGAUGGUAAGGUGAUUUAAAAGGCUCAUGGGUGUAUAAAUAGAUGAACAGAAUAUAAAAACACAGAGCUCAUGCUCGAACUUUAUAAAUCAGUGGUAAUUUUUCACCUCAGACUAGGCAAAUUUGGCCAAUAUGCCUCAGAAAAGGUAAUAAGGGCUUUGAACUACAGAUUGGAUAUCCCAGCCCUGAGGGACUCUUGAGAAAAGUUUGGAUUCUUCUUUUAGAAACAAAGAACAGUAAGAGCUGAACUUAUACUUAUUGGAGGUAUUGUUAGAGUUAACAUCCAAUGUUGUAGAUCUAAAAUCAUUAUCAAAGGAUGUAGAGGAGAGACAAACAUUUUCUUGAGUUUUUGAGAUCUGGAAUGGUCUGUCUGAAAAAGUGGUGGAAGCUGAUUCCAUAAAUUUGAGAGGAGUUGGUUAGCAGUUGAACAUGUGGAAGAUGGGAAAACGGACCUAAACAGGAAUAUGAGGGGGUCAAAGAUUGACCACUAUCUUUCAGAGAGCGAACACAGGGCGAUGUGCCAAAUAUACAUCUGUAAUUUUCUCAUUUAGAAGGCAGUGUCUUAGUAUUGUACUCCUUAAACAUCCCUGCCCCAUCCCAUUAUCAUCACCUACCCUACCCUGCUAAAAAAAAUUUUGAGAGAGGUACCAGCCUUAAGGUGUAAUUGUUUGGAGUGUAACGCAUCAGCUGAUUCCAUAUACAUGUUGGUUAAUCAUUUUUUGAUCCUGAAGAAGACACAAUGAUAAUUGAAAGCUGGAUGCACAGCAGAUAUGAGUGGAGAUAUAGCUGGUCUUUUAAUUUGAGACAAAGGUCUGCUGUCUUUUGGCACAUGACUCCUGUUUUCAGCCAGUAUUUGCAUUUUGUUCACACAGCAGAUGCUUUCUGAAUAGUACUGACAGAUCCAAAGAGAGAUUAAUCUGAGUGUAUCCUUCAGGAUAUUAGAAGUUGCAAUAGAUUAUCCAGCUGCUCAAAUAUGCUUCACGUUAAUCUCUCAACAAUGUUUCACAUUUGCCUAAAAAAACCUCUUAAUUUCACUUUUGAAAAUGUCAAGAGCCCUUUAGGGAGAUCUUCUGGAUUUCCACUGCCCUUGCCCCUGUCUUCACUUCUAAAUAGCCUCACUGUAAUAGUAAGGUUAUGCUGCUUGUUCUAAAAUCCCUGGUUAGAAUUAACUUUUCUAUUUCUACUUGAUUGAGAUUUUUUUUACCUGAACACCUUUUUGUUAAAUUAAUCCUUAACUAUCAAAACCAGUAAGGUCAGAUUUUAUGCAAUUUGUGUUGAUUAAAAUAGCCUGUUAAGCUGCUAUUGUAAUUCUGGAGAAUCUCUACAGCCAGUAUAUCUUUCCUGAUGUGUGGUCCCCAAGAAUUGAAGACAGUACUUGAUAGGUCAUCUGACUAAGGCACUGUAUAGUUAAAGCAUCACUUCCUCAUUAUUGUAUUUCGAGACCUCUUGAGAUAAAGGUCACUGAUAAUCUGUUAACAAGUACAAAAAGUAAUCUUUCGCUUUCUCACAUGAGCUUCUCUCUCCCAAGCUUUCCUCCAGUUACUUUUGCUUGUUUGUUCUUUGAUAUUGCAGUAGGUGUGUGACCAUAGUGACGUAUCUGAUUCAUAGCUGACAUAACAAACAGUUAAUGAAUCAGUCAUGUACUUGAUGCUGUGGAUAGGUGGGAUUAUUCCUCCCUUCACUUCUGUAGGUUUCAUGAUUUUUCUCUCUCAGCCAUAGUGCAAAGUCCAGGUGCGUUUCCAUCACCCUGACCAAUUAAGAAAAGAAUUGACUGUAGGUCAUAGUCAUGUCUCUCUUCUUGGUCUAGUUAUGGCUAGGAGUAAAUUUAUUGCCUUUAAACACAUUACAUCAUUGGGCAAAGCUAGUUUGGAGGAGGGAAGGAAUCAAGUUGAGACUCCAGUGUGGCCUCAUUAGCCUGUGAUAAUCUCAAUUGUAACAAGUUCGAUUUGGAGGUGAAUAGAGUACAAUAGGUAUGAGAAAUAUUUGCACCGUGGUCAGUGCCCUCUUAAAAAGCCAGGUAGAUUCUGUUGCUCAAAAGCAUUAGGUUGGCUCUAGCAAGAGCUAUUUGGAACAGUAUAAUACUGUGAUGGACUGCUGGUAAUUAUGUGUCUGUUCACUAUAAUUACUGUAAUAAUUUGAGUUAUAACACAAUAAGUUUUAAACAAUUCAGAUGCGAAUUUGGAUCCCCGUAUAGUCCUUAUAGCAUAUGGGCACUUCCAAUGAUAACACUAGGAAAUGCCACAUUGGAUACGACAAAAGAAAAGAGAGUGGCACGUGAACAGUAAAGGGUGAAGGGAAGGGUCUGUUUCACUUUAUGUACAUAGUUAAUAACUUCUCUGUUUUCAAAGGUAUGGUAAAAUCAAUAAUGUAUAAGCUGUCUGCCAGUUGGGGUUGAUAUCUCUGGUAAUUGCAGGGAGAACUUCUGAAUUUCUAAAGCCUUAAUGUGGAUUUCUAUUGUAAAUAUUUGCAUAUUGUAUGUUUAUAGAUUUACUACUCCAGAAUCAAAUUAUUUUUCUGUUUCCGUAUUUGUUUUGCUGUAAAUGUAUGCUCUAACAUGGUUGAGUCAUGGACCGUGUCAGUGUCUUUGUGGUUUUGAAUAAGUGUGUUAGAAAAAUUACACAGCUUUAUAAUUGUAUUAAAUAGACAAAUGACAAGGCAAAAA